ACCAGUGUAAUUUGAUCUCUCUCUCUCUCUCUCUCUCUCUCUCUCUCUCUCUCUCUCUCUCUCUCUCUCUCUCUCUCUCAAUCUAUCUAUAUAUGUGCAUGUGCUAUUCCGUACCAAAUUCCAGUGUUAGUCCAAGUCAUUUUACUUUUUCAUCUCCAUGGCUCUUAAUAUUCUCAACUUGUUCACCCUUCUCACAAUUUUUCUGUUCAUGAUCAUUGCAAUACAAAUUAGGAACCUUUACAAAAAAUAUGAUCCAAAUACUAAAAGAAUACCCCUGGCGCCAUGGAAGCUACCCAUAAUAGGAAAUAUUCUGAAUCUUGUUACAACAAACCCACAUAGAAAAUUAAGAGAUUUAGCCAAAAUAUAUGGACCCUUGAUGCAUCUACAACUUGGUGAGGUCUUCUUUGUUGUUGUUUCCUCACCAGAAGUUGCUAGAGAGGUUCUGAAAACCCAUGAUAUCAUCUUUGCAUCAAGGCCUCAUCUUCUAGCGGCUGAGAUAGCAGGUUAUAAUUCAACAGAUAUAGCAUUUUCACCUUAUGGUGAUUAUUGGAGACAGCUUAGAAAGAUUUGUUCUAUUGAACUUUUGAGCUCAAGAAGGAUCAAAUCUCUUUGGCCAGUAAGAGAGAAUGAGAUUAGGUCUCUCUUAAGAAAUAUUGCUUCAAAUGAAGGAUCAGAAUUCAAUCUUACUCAAGAAGUUAUUUCAAUGGUGUAUACGUUCACAUCAAAGGCUGCGUUUGGUAAAAAAUAUUUGGAACAAGAAGAGUUCAUAUCAGUUGUAAAACAACUUAGCAAACUUGUUGGAGGGUUCUAUAUUGGUGACUUUUUUCCUUCAGCUAAAUGGAUUCAAAAUGUCUCUGGAAUGAGGCGUAAGAUUGAGAAGGUAAGCCGACAAAUAGACACAAUAGUUGAACAUAUCAUUAAUGACCAUAAAGAGGCGAGUUCAAGAAGAGCUAAAGAAGGGGUGGCUGAAGCAGAGGAAGAUUUGAUUGAUUGUCUCUUAAAAUUUGAGGACAAUGGCAGUAACAUGGAUUUUCACUUAACUACUGAUAAUAUCAAGGCCAUAAUUGUGGAUGUCUUCACUGCUGGAGGAGAGACAGCGGCAACUACCAUUAAUUGGGCAAUGGCUGAGAUGAUAAAGGAUCCUAGAGUUUUGAAGAAAGCACAAGCUGAAGUGAGAGAGGGAUUUGAUAGAAGAGGAGGGGUUGAUGAAGCCGCAAUUGAUGAGUUCAAAUAUUUGAAAGCAAUAAUCAAAGAGACACUAAGAUUACACCCUUCUGUUCCUCUCCUUCUUCCAAGGGAAUCUGGACAAGUUUGUGAGAUUAAUGGCUAUCAUAUACCUGUGAAAAGUAGAGUCAUUGUAAAUGCCUGGGCCAUCGGAAGGGAUCCAAAAUAUUGGAUUGACCCAGACAAGUUUUAUCCUGAAAGGUUUAUUGAUAGUUCUAUCGACUUCAAAGGAAAUAAUUUUGAGUACAUUCCAUUUGGUGCUGGAAGGAGAAUCUGUCCGGGUAUAAAUUAUGGUUUGGCAAAUGUUGAACAGACCCUUGCACUUUUAUUGUAUCAUUUUGAUUGGAGACUUCCCAAUGGAAUGAAAAAUGAGGAAUUAGAAUUGAAAGACGAGUUUGGAGCAACUAUGUCAAGAAAAGGUGAUCUUUACUUGAUUCCCACAACUUCUCAUCCUUUGCUUGUAAUAUGAAAAAUGAGGUUCUAUCUAAGUUGUACUACUUUGAGAUUGUACUAUAUUCUAUCAGUAGAUUCUUUAUUCUGCUUAUUGUUUCUGAGUCAAAUGUUGUGAUAUUUUCAUUUUAGUCCAUAAUUACAGUUUCCUUUUUCAUGAUACUUCCUAUUUCAGAGUCACUACAAUUGAGAUGAUUAAAGUACACCUCACUGUAAUUGUCUCCCACCUUGAGUUUUGUAUGCAACUGCCCUUUUAGUGCUUAAUUAGCAGUGAA